ACUCGAAGUAAAGGGGUUGAACGACCCCCGCCGCGUGACUGUCACAAAGUUCUUUCACUUGUCAGUGGUAGAUCAAAGAUAAACUCUGCCGUUUAUACAGGCCCGUUCGGAAAAGUGAUGAUUUGUCGACUGUUUAUUAUUAUUGUUAUUUAAAACUAAUUUUGUACUGUGUUGCAAUUGUCUUUGGGAUUUCCAGCCUUAUUAAGAAGCGAUAUAAAAACUGGCCGCAGAAUGGCAGGUAGGUUAACUCGUGUGCGUAAAUGUCAUGCAGUAGCCUACAUUACGCCAGACAGAUUGCGUUCUUCCAAAGUCAAACCAGGGAAAGUAGAAAAUGCAUAUUUCAUAGCUCUCUAAAUGUAUUAAAACAUGAAGUCUGGUAUUGUGUACGUUGCAUUUAAAUAACAUACAAUGUACUUGUGCCGUCACACAUUUUGCAUGCCUGCAACCCUUCUUUUUUUCAAGUUCAGUCACUGAUCUGCCAGUGAAAUGUAAUAGUGCCUGAUUAUCAACUUUUGUCUCACAAACAAAAGUGGGUCAGAAAGACUACAGUGCCACCUUGAGAUUAAUCUGGAGUAUAUUACGAACUCACAUUAAUGGAUGAAUGUGGUGGAUCAUUGACUUAAAGCCCACAGAACUUUGACCCACAAAAGGUCACAUUUCAAUGCAAUAGUUCUUCAAAUCCACAUUGUAACAAUGCACAUACACUUUAAAUCAGUUUUUGACACCCACACCUAUUUCUCUACAAUUACGGUUUUCAACAUUUUUGAGUAAUUUUAAUAACCGUGUAAGUAUUUAUGAAAAAAAAACACUUUUAAACAGAUUUUUUACAUACUGUGUGUCUGCUGUGGGGCAGUGUUGUGCCCGUUGAGGUAUCCAAAUGGGAGGCUUUUAAAGUAGGCUACUUAAUGUAUGCUGACUAAAAAUAUUAUAAUGAUAAGAGCAAGCCUUUAGAUUUUUUUUCAUGAGAAACUAUUUAAAUAGAUAUUUGGUCUCUCUCUGCCUUGUCUGUCCAUUUGUAUCUAUCUCUCUAAAUCUCUUUCAUUCAGAGUCUCAGGCAUUUGUAACUCUGGCCACCACAGAUGCCUACUGCAUGGGGAGUUUAGUGGUAGGUAAAAGUCUGCGCAGGCAUGGAACAUCAAGAAAGUUGGUUGUGAUGGUUUCCCACAAUGUCCCCAAAGAUGCAAGGUUGUCUUUGGAGGAUGUGUUUGAUGAAAUUAUCAUGGUAGAUGUUUUGGACAGUAGAGAUAAGGCUCAUCUCUCCUGGCUGGGACGUCCUGAAUUGGGAGUUACCUUCACGAAGCUCCAUUGCUGGACUCUUACCCAGUACAGCAAGUGUGUGUUUCUGGAUGCAGACACACUUGUACUGUGUAAUGUAGAUGAGCUGUUUGAGUAUGAGGAGUUCUCUGCUGCACCUGAUCCAGGCUGGCCUGAUUGCUUCAACUCUGGGGUAUUUGUGUUCAGGCCUUCCUUAAAUACUCAUACCAAGCUACUGGAACACACUACUCAACAUGGCAGCUUUGAUGGAGGAGACCAGGGUGUUUUAAACACUUUCUUUAGUGACUGGGCUAUAAAAGACAUCAGGAAGCAUUUACCAUUUGUGUACAACAUCACGGCCAGCGCGCUGUAUACGUAUCUGCCAGCAUAUCACCAGUAUGGCCACCAAGCAAAAAUUGUCCACUUUUUGGGUGGGACAAAGCCCUGGCAUUGUUCAUAUAAUCCACAGGCAGCCAAUGAGUCAUCGCUUGAGAAUCCCAACAAGCAAAUUGUUGAAAAAUUUAUCAAUUUAUGGUGGGAAGAUUACUACAAUCAAAGCAAGAUUAAAAAGGACAACAAGAGUGAAGACUUAUCUUUCGUACGCCAUCAAAAAAGCAGCACUGAAGCCUAUCGCAGGGAGAUGUCGCCCUCUCAACCUGCCCUAGAUCUGGCUGUGGAUACAUUGGCCAUCAGCUCAUCUCACGGCAAGAUAUCACCCUCUCAAUCUCCCCUAGAUCCAACAGUGGAUACAGUAGCCAUCAGCUCAUCUCCAAAGCCUGUGGAAAUGAAUAUUCCCUUUAAUGUCCUGCCUGGUAUUGAGGCUGAGUGGAUCUCUCUAGUCAGCCCUAUAUCUGAGCAAGAAAGUGAGAAAACAGGCCUAGAGACUGCUGAUGACUCAGACACAGCCACUGGAGAAGCUGAAUCAAAUACCCCAGCAGAAACAGAGGAGGAAAACCUGGAGCAUAAGCGAAUGUGGGAGGAAGGUUACAUGGAUUACAUGGGCAAAGACGCCUUUGACAACAUCAAGAGGAAACUUGACCGAUUCCUUGAAUAACUGGGUUUUAUGUUUAUGUGAGACAAUGACAUAUAACAUUUAGUUUUAGUUUGUACUGUAUCAUUUAAAAUAACAGCUGUUACAUUUUAGCUACUUAAUACUGUUUUUCUACCUCUGUAGUAUAUCGAACAUUAGGCCAGAUGUAUUGCAGUCCUGGGGACAUUAUCCUGCAGCGUUUAGCUCCAAUUCUGACCAAACACAACUAAACAAGCCAAUUAAGGUGUUUAGGAUUACGUUAAAAUGAGAGACAAACGUGUUUAAUCGCACUAAACCCUGCAAGAGAACGAUUAUCUAGGAUUGGAAGGUAUAGGUCCUUUGUAAAUUUACAACAACCAUUAUUUUGAAAACCAUCUCAAGUAAAAUUGUCUCAUAUAAAUGUAACUCGAUGUUAAAACAGAUUUCGUAAUUCAGUUUCAGGUACAAUUUAGCGGUAGGCUAUUUAAUGAUAAAAGGGGCCUACUGUGCAGAUUGAAUUCUGUUGUUUUAUUAAUUUACAAAUUAAAAUAACAUUAGUUGCUUUCAAUUAUGGGAAAGUGAUUCCUUAAUAAUAAUAAAAAACGAUUAAAGGGAAUAAGAUGGCAAUAACAGUGAUCGUCUUAUUAAAAAAAGCUCCAGGAACUCAUCCGGUGUGCAUAAAGGGAGAUAUUUCUUUGCCUUUCUGUAAAUUGCUAUUUAUUUCCACUAGAGGUCAGUCUAUGAACACGUUGAGCGCAAACAUUUCUAAUAUUAACGCAAGAUCCACCACUUUGAUAAUUGACUGUUCAUAACGUCUGGGAAAAAUUGUUAUACAAGCACAUUAUCCAGGUUGCGACUACAUUUCCUUGGAUGUUAACAGUUGAUGAUCAUGAUAUUCUUUUUCUCAACGUGUUCUUUUCUCUGUGAGUGAAUGUUAAACACAUCUAUCAGACACCACAGACUUGUGGUACACAAAAUUAAAACAUACUCAAUUAAACUCAGUUUAUGGAACAGUAUGGUGGAGACAUAUUUUCAAACAUAUUUCAGCAUUUGAGACAUUUAUUACCCUGUGGUCCUGUCCCGUUAAUUUGACAGCUCUUUGAACUCGUGCACUAUUUAUGCUUAUGAUGCUCAGUCAAUUAUAGAGUAUGUUCUACUUGAUCUUGUGCUGCAAGUGAAAUAAACACUUCCACAAGAGCCAGCCACAGCAUUUGAAUGUUAUUUAAUGGCUUGUCUUAAGUGAUGACAUACAUUUCUCAUGAAUGUUUCUUAAAGAAAUUUGAUUCUGGUCUGGUAAGUCAGAUCUGAUUUUUUAU